UUAUUUUAAGGCACGCGCUGUCCGGAUCGCCUCACUCCCGGCGGUCCGCUGUCUGUCUCUUCAUUUCCCCUCCGGAGCCCCGCCAGCAUGGGUCCCUGUCCCCGCUCACUGCUGGCCGCCCUCCUCCUGGUCCUCUGCGGCGUCGGUACCGCACACGGCGAUACACCUGCCAACUGCACCUACCCUGAGCUGCUGGGCACGUGGGUCUUCCAGGUGGGCCCCGUUGGUUCCCAACGCAACGUCAACUGCUUGCUUAUGGGACAACCGGAAAAAAAAGUAGUGGUUCAUCUUGAGAAGUUGGACACAGUACGUGAUGAUCUCGGCAAUACCGGCCAUUUCACCAUCAUUUACAAUCAAGGCUUUGAGAUUGUGUUGAACGACUACAAGUGGUUUGCCUUUUUUAAGGAUGUCACUGAUUUUAUCAGUCAGUUGUUCAUGCAGCUGGGAACUGUGAGGGUACAUGAUUUGAGACAUCUGAGGAACAAACUGGUUGUUAAAUAGAGCAUCUGUUGAGGGCCUCUUUUAAAACAGCAGCCACACAGAGACUUUGGGGCUAAGAGGCAGAGCCACAUGCAGCCAUGGACCUGCCUUCCUCUGACAGCUAGCAGAGGCCUGGGGCAGCUGCAUUCCCUUCUGGAGUCUUGUCUUUGCCUGUAAAAUGCUGAGGAGUCCUGGUGACCUACCUCCAAGGCAGCUGCCCUCCUGAACAUUUCCUUGGAAAGCAGCAACCGCCAUUUUGAAAUGUGAACAACCAGAGACUACACAGGAAAAACGAAAGAAAAGUCUGGAAGUCUUAGGUGGCUCCACCAUUCAGCCUUUGAAUGAAAGGAACGAUACGCAACUCCCGUUUUUCCCUUUCGAAUACUGCUUUAUUGAGAUGAUUGUUUCCAGAUUGAUGAGGAUUUGAAUUUUGUGUUUAAUUUUGUUCAUCAUGCAGAUUUUAUUUCCAGUUAUAUUAUCUUCUUGUGCACCUUCUUUCUCUAAUUACCUUGAGAAACCCCAGCACCUGUUGUAAGGAGAAAAUGCUUCAGGAUAUCUUGAGACGCACAGAUAGGUUGUUGAUGGAAAGAUGGUUCUGGGGAGGACUGGUCUGGAGGACUGGGCUUGCUGAGAGAUAAGUCAAACUGCUAAGGUAAUUUUGCAGAUCAUAGGCCUGCCUUACCCUGGCCAGAAAGAUGGGGUGAUUAGUACUUUUUUUCAUCUGUUUUUUUAUUAGAUACCAGCUUUGUUCUAAGAACUUGACCUGCUUUACCUUACAAGAAUCUUAUGAAGUAGACAUUAACUUUAUUUUAUAGAUGGGGAAGAUUAGUCUCAAUGGUGUUUAAGCUCACACUGCAUCUAAUUGUAAAAUGACAAGAGCUAAUCUCUUAGGCCUAAGGACCUCCUUGGGGCUAAAGAGUAAAAGAAAACCCAUUUCACAAAGAAACAGUGGUACUUGGAGUAAUAUUUCAGUAGAUUUUCUCGUGAAUCCUAGUUUGUAAGCAUCACAAAUGCUAGUUUAAGGGAAUCAAUUGCAUUGCAUGGCUCCUUUUGAAAUUUUAGGAGAACUGGCCUAAAGCUUCUAUUUCCUUACCAAACUUGGCUAUUCCCUUUCUUUCCUAAACCAGGGUUCUUUUCAAGAGGAUAGCUUACUUCUUUCCUUUUGUAGUCCUCCAGAUUGGAUGGAGAAUUUUGUUAAGUUUCAAAUUAAUUACAAAUUAAGUACUCUUGCCAAGUUGACUUCUUUCAUUACACUAUUGUUCACACUGAUGGCUAUCUUUCAGCUCUUUCCUACUAAACAAUGUACUGGUUUCCUGCUCAGUUCGGAAUUAAUACCACCCAUGGUAAAUUGAAAAUGUGGGGUUACACCUAGUCCCUAUCUUCUGGGAGGGCUUUGAUCCUGAAUCUUUGCUUCAAUGGAGGGAGCUCUAGAAACCAGAUUUUCAUUAUUUUAUUGGUUCAGAUAACUUUUAUGAUCUCUGAGAGGUCUGUUAUUCUGGGCAGGUCAUGCCUUAUAAAGGUAAAGUCAUCCUGUACCCAAGUACUUAAACCUAGAUGGUUUGUUCCAUCCUACCUCUGGACCCCGUAAUUCAUCACUCAGGACCUUGAUGCUGCCUCUGUGAAACCUUCCCCAGCUUUCUCUGUUAGUGGGAGAAAUGGCAUUAUUUGGUUCAUGUUGUUCUUUGCAAUCACCUCUACUCAGGUAGUACUAUUCUAAGUGCUGUAAAUGUGGAGUGAUUUUUGAUAGCACGUUCUCCCCUUCUUCCAGAUUGAAAAUCUGUCACUUCUCCCUGUUUGUCUUCAGAACCCAAUUACCCAGGAUUUUUAAGUGUUUCGAAAAUUGACCGCACUUCCCUUGUCUCUUCAAAGGCUUUUCACAAGUAUUAUCAGCUUACAAAGAAUUAAUUCUAGAGGAUUCUAGAAGCACAAAUCAGGAACAAUGCUAUUUAAUAUUUUUCAUUCUUGUGUUCUAAAAAACAUACCCGGUUACCUGUCUCCAGAGCUCUAAAAGAGUUGUGUAUUUUCAACCUAACUUCCAGGAUGUGAAUAGUGACAAAGCAGCUUAUGUGUAUAAGAAUGUAUUUCAUAUGGAAUUUUAAAUCACCUCUACUGAAGUCUUUUUUUUUCUUUUUCUCUGAGCAACUUUGCAAAUAAAUGUUUUGAUUAUGGAGAAGACAACUUGAUGGGUACAGAAUUACAGAUAUUUGUAUUAGGAGGCUCCAUAUUAUAUACUGCUUAGCAUUCUCUCUCAUGAUUGCUGUUUGUCUUCUCUAGUCUUUAAAUUCUGAGGGCAGUAAUGUACUCUGUAUCAACUAAUCAUUUUGUUCUCUAUGUAUAGCAUGAUCUGUGAUAAAUAGACCUUUAAUAAAUGUCUGUAGAAGAAAAUUGA